AUGGAUGUCGAUAAUGUCGUCUCGCACCUAGUUCCAAUCGCUCCUGCGCCGGUUCGGACACCAUCUAUCGCUGUAAAAAAUGACUCUGGUCCCGAUAUAACCGCAGUGCGCUUCAACUGCCAAGCUUGCGUGCGCAAGAAAACCAAAUGCGAUAGGACGGUGUCAGCAUGUUCGAGCUGCAGAAAAGCAAAGCUCCAGUGCGUUUACCAGGCUCCCCCGUCGCGAAAGAGACAGCGAAGUUCGUUUGAAGAUGUACAUGAGCGAUUAGUGCGGUACGAGCGCAUAUUGCGAGACAACAAUCUUCUCCAUACAACCUCUGUAUCGACUCCAUACAGCCAAAAGACGGAGGUAUCAGCAGCCAGCACGCGGAACCCAACCCCAAACCCGAACUCGCAAUCCACCAGCUCGGGAAAAUUUCUGUCCGCCGACGGCAAGUCUCGCUAUCAUGACAGUGUCCUACUUGACGCUGAAGAGGGCGACCUGUGUGAAGUAUCCGAUUCCGACCAGGAUGACAGCCCUCGCGAGGACACCAGAGCUGAUGAGAGCACCCCGACGGGUCUUCUGGGCGUCCUCGCGGCACAAACCAUCUCUGGGUCCAUACUCGGAAGCACGCAGAGCAUCACCGGGCAACACCCUGGCCACGAGGAGGCGACUAAGCUCUGGAAUGCGUACGUGCACAACGUGGAGCCUCUGUGCAAAGUUCUUCAUAUUCCGACUGUCACAAAAAUGGUCGACGCUGUUUCAAAGCAACCCUCCGUGGCCUCGAAGAGCGACGAAUGCCUGCUUUUUGUCAUAUACUAUUUCGCUGUGUUCUCUAUGUCGGACGCUGACUGUGUGCAAGAGUUUAACCAACCGAGGAACUAUUUGAUGUCGAAAUAUCGGACCGCUGUACACCAAGCACUUAUCAAUGCGUCGUGGCUGAAAACAACAUCAAUGCCGGUAUUACAGGCUUACACACUAUUUCUCGUUGCUAUGCGCACUCAAAUCGAUUCUGACACAUUCUGGAUUUUGACGGGUAUUGCCAUUCGCAUUGCGCAACGCAUGGGGCUCCACCGUGAUGGUGAAACCCUGGGAUUACCACCCUUUGAGGUUCAGAUGCGACGGCGACUUUUUUGGCAACUGCUUCCGCUGGACAGUUAUGCGAGUCAGGUUUCAGGCACUGGUAUUGUACUAUCGCCGAAUAGCUGGGAUACUAAGCAACCAUUGAAUAUCAACGAUGAUCAGAUUUUCCCCGGUAUGUCGGAGCCGCCCCUCGAACAGAGAAACUCCACAGAAAUGAUUUUUUGCUUGUCUCGGAUGGAAUUGUCCAAUUUCUAUAUCCGAACUGGCGUCAAAUUGAAGGAAGUUGGUGGCACGGUUCAAUUUAAGGACGCAGAGGACAUUGAGAGACUUAUUGACCAGGUCGAAGAUCUCAUCGAGACUAAAUUCCUUCGGUACUGCGAUAUCCUAAACCCCUUGCACUUUUUCACCUCGGGAAUCGUCCGAUCUGCGACCAAUGCUGUUCGACUGCGGGCUAGAAUGCCGCUGCUGAUGACGCAAGCCAUCACAGACGCUCAAAGGAGGGAUAUUUGUGCGCUCGCAGCAAGGAUCCUCGAUACAACCAGCGCCAUCUACGGCAACCCCAGCAUGCGGAAGUAUCGAUGGCAAACACAAGCUUUCUUCCUGUGGGAUGCCCUUCUUUGCAUUCUACGUAACAUCGCAGAUGUCGGAUUCUACUCGGCCUACGAGCUUCAUACUUCCUGGGGCAAGGUUGCAGAUGUGUACUCUAACCACGAAGAACUAGUCAAGGGCAGAAGGACCCUACACGUCACAAUCGGUAAGCUAACCCUCAAGGCCUGGCUUGCGAAUCCCUCAAGUCAAUCCGCCCCAGAGCCUACUUUCAUAACCGCACUGCGUGCCCAACACGAGCCGAAAGUGAGCAGGCACAGACAGCAGGAGAGCAUGGAUGAAAGAGGUGAAAUCAUCAAGCUCGCGGACGGACGUGAUGAUGAAGUUUUCGGCAACAUUGAUGGGACAAGCCUGGAUUUAAAUGGCGGGUUUGACCCUUCAGAUUGGGUCUUCUGGGAUCAACUAUGUUGA